AUGGAAACAGAAGAAACCCGUCAAUGGGAACGACAUGUUACCGCGAAUAAUCACCGACUCCACACAAUCACUCAGAGUUUGGGCGACGUGAACGCAUUCCAAGGUGGUUGCCGAGAGCUCAUUCAAUGGUGCAGUGAUCCGAGAGCAUUCACGGCUCAUUUUGAGGCGAAUCUUCUCAACGCUUUACAAGCUGUUGUCGACAAUGCAGCCAAAGAGGGAUUCUCGAGUGAUUUAGCCUCGGAGCUGGUGGCUCUUUGCCAUCAUCAUCGACGACAUCUCUCGAAGAAUGCUUCCACGCGAAUUGGUCGAUGGCACGAGCAAUUUCGUCGUCAAAAGCGAAACGCGAAAAAGAAACAAAAAAGGGAUGAAGAGGGCAAUGGGAACAGUCAAAUCACCCAGAUUCAAGGUUACGUCGAAGAGCCACAAACGUACGUGCUUGUCGAUCCGCAACAGUCGAUCCAAACAAGCGAAGGAGUGACUGUGGUGACAAUGUGGGAUGGGACGAUGACGCAGCCCAUGCCUUCACCCUCAUACCCCGGAUAUCCGCCUCAAUAUGGAAUGGGAAUGCGCCCAAUGGACUAUGGUUCGAUGGAGGGCUAUGAUCCGGCGAUGAUGUACCAGGGGCAAGCGCCGCAAAUGAUGAUGCCACAUCCGGGGAUGAUGCCGAGACCCAUGAUGCAUCCCAACUUUGAUCCCGCUCAAUUCCCCCAUGGAAUCCCUUCAGCCACGAAUAGGGUUCCUGGCCAAGUUCGCCCGAUGCCACCGUAUGGAAUGAUGCCCAAUUACCCUCAA